AUGAGCAUCAGCAGCAGCAACCAAUCCAAGCAUCUCAAGCAUACAAAGCAUUCAAAACACUCCAUUAAUUCCUCUCCCCACCAAGAGACUGAUCAACCAUCUAUUCGUCUUUCUCAGACAAUCUUCAAUACCAUCAAGAUGCAUCCCUGGGCCACCAUCAUCGCCGCUCUUGGCUUCCUCAGCACCUCUCUCUCCUACGCCAUGCCAACUUUGUCUGCUCGUCAAUCGAGCAACACCACUACUCCUGUCGUUCAAGAGACGUGGAAGGUCUACAAUUACUCCACAGUCUUCGCUCAGCCUGCCGGCUACAACACCAUUCGCUUCGAGAUUGAAAGCGAAUGGACUACUGGCUACCGCCAGAUCUGCGCUGCCUCGCUGCAAUUCAUCCCCGUCACUCACACUUAUCCGAUCUGGUUCAACUGUGGAACUGGUAUCUCUUUCGAGUGGCCUGGCACCAUCAGUCUCAAGCAUGUCCAGAAUAAUGCUGAUGGUACUACUACCACUCAAUCUGGUUCUAUCGCCUACAAAUAUACCAGCGAGCAAGUCUGCGAGGACCUCCCUCAAGGCACUCGAUACUGCUACAUCCCGGAUGUCAUGGAGAUUCCCAUGACUGUGACUACCGCUUAA